GAAUAUACAAGACUGAACCAUCAUCUCAUCAAAAAAAAGACUGAACCAUCAAGAAAAUUCUUCGCCAGAAAAACAAAAAAUCAUCAAGAAAAUCAAUUAUUUUCUCUCGAUUUUAAUUUAUCUUCUGGUAAUGGGGAAUGAGAAAGCUAAGGGAAAUAUUCGCAAUGCUGAUGAAGAUGAUGAACAAGAAGAUCAAAAAGUGGAGAAGUUUUUUGCCCUAAUCAGGAACUUUCAAGAAGCUCGCAACAGAAGAAAAAAUGAAGUAGAAGAAGAGAAAAGGAGACAUAAGAAGGUUAAAAGAGUAAAUAAAAUUGAAGAACAAAAACCCAGUUGGGUUCCUAAAUUUGAAUUGGAAGAUUUUGCGCAGGAAUUUCAAUUUAAAAGACCUCCUUUGAUUUUCCCACGUUCAUGUAUUCAGAAAGAGGAAAAUAAAGAAAAAGUCAAAAAAGAUGAAUUAGAUCUUGAUUUGAGCUUGUAAUGUACUAUUUACAUGUUUUUCAGCUGUUUAAUUAACAAGGAUAUAACUGAUAAUGGCUAUUAAUUUUUGUUCUU